AUGCAAACCAUUGAUUUUAAUUUACAUUCGAGUGAGGGCUUCGGCGCAGCGGAGAAGAUCGUGCUGCUCACCUUCAUCUCGACCGUUAUCCUGAUGGCCAUCCUGGGGAACCUGCUGGUGAUGGUGGCCGUGUGCCGGGACAGGCAGCUCAGGAAAAUCAAGACCAAUUAUUUCAUUGUUUCCCUUGCCUUUGCGGACCUGCUGGUGUCGGUGCUGGUGAUGCCAUUUGGAGCCAUUGAGUUGGUUAAGGACAACUGGAUCUAUGGAGAGAUGUUCUGCCUAGUCCGAACGUCCCUCGAUGUCCUGCUCACCACAGCAUCCAUCCUGCACCUGUGCUGCAUCUCGCUGGACAGGUACUAUGCUAUCUGCUGCCAGCCCCUGGUUUACAGGAACAAGAUGACUCCGUUGCGCAUUGCCGUAAUGCUUGGAGGGUGCUGGGUAAUCCCAACAUUUAUUUCUUUCCUCCCUAUCAUGCAAGGCUGGAAUAGCAUUGGCAUCAUCGAUCUGAUUCAGCAAAGGCAAUUCAACAAGGCUUCCAACUCCACUUACUGCAUAUUCAUGGUCAACAAGCCAUAUGCCAUUACAUGCUCGGUGGUAGCUUUCUACAUGCCCUUCCUCCUGAUGGUGCUGGCCUACUACCGCAUCUACGUCACGGCCAGGGAGCACGCCCGCCAGAUCCGGGUGUUGCAGCGCGCGGGGGCUCCCGCCGACGGCCGGCAGCACCCCCCGGACCAGCACAGCACACACCGCAUGAAGACUGAGACCAAAGCCGCCAAGACCCUGUGCAUCAUCAUGGGGUGCUUCUGCCUUUGCUGGGCCCCCUUCUUUAUCACAAACAUAGUGGACCCUUUCAUAAACUACACAGUGCCAGGAAAGCUGUGGACGGCUUUCCUGUGGCUGGGCUACAUCAAUUCAGGGUUGAACCCUUUCCUCUAUGCCUUCCUGAACAAGUCUUUCAGACGUGCCUUCCUCAUCAUCCUGUGCUGUGGUGAUGAGCGACACCGAAGGCCUUCCAUCCUGGGGCAGACGGUCCCGUGUUCCACCACCACAAUAAAUGGAUCGACUCAUGUACUAAGGUGA